UCUCCCUGCAGAGCUCUGAACAGGAUAUUUAACCCUCCAGCCGGCUCAUCACCCCCCCCGAUACACCAGCUCCACCAGCUCCAGCCUGCGACUAUGUGCAAAGGACUAACAUCGCUGCCCACCUGCUGCUUGGAAAGAGCCAAGGAGCUGAGAGCGAGGCUGGGAAACGUUCUGCUAAAACCCAACUGGAAUCUCUCCUGCUGCAAGACAGGGAAAAACAAGCCGACUCUGGAGGAAUGCAUGAGGUGGAAGGAAUCGUUUGAAAAACUCAUAUCCAGCAAAUAUGGACUUUGUGCCUUCACAGCCUUCCUGGUGUCGGAGUUCAGCGAGGAGAACAUUGCGUUCUACUUUGCCUGCGAGGAGUACAGGAGCACCAAGUCUGUCGCCAAACUGUCGGCCAAAGCCCAGAGGAUCUAUGAUGAGUUCAUCGGCAGUGACGCUCCCAGAGAGGUUAACAUCGACCAUGAGACUCGUGACAUCACCAAAGCCAACAUGCUGGUGCCCUCGCCCUCUUGCUUCGAAAUGGCCCAGCACAAGAUCUACAUGCUCAUGGCCAAAGACUGCUACCCUCGCUUCCUGCGCUCCCCGUCCUACAGGGAUCUGGUGUGCCAAGCCAAACCCAAGGCCGCCAAGCAGCCCCUGCAGGAGAAGGCGGCGUGAAGGAGAACCUCCCGUGAAGAAGAGCCGAUGAAGGAUUGUUAGUUGGUCGCCUUACGAGGGUCGAGCAGGCAAGCGAGGCGUGUUGGGUGCUGCACCGUGAAGCCGGACGCUGAAGCUGAGGCGCAGGUCGUCGUGAGAGCAGCGGCGGAUUCUGAAGAUGUCACCUCUCCGUGAAGACGAGGAUGGAAGAGGACGGGGAAACAGUUAAAGAUGGAGGCUGAGGCCUGAUAUAAGACUGUGGGUGUGAAAACGGAGGAAGUCUGGAGACUCGAGGUCGAGAGACAGAGACAGAAUCAAACAGGAGAAGUGGGAAACGCACUUUCCUUUUGCCAAUUGACAAAAGUUGUGCGGUUGUGAUGUGCAAUGUCCUUCUGUCCAGCUCAUACUGUCUGUGAACAGGCCUGUGGGGUUCUUCAUGAACUUGUAUUUAUUUGCUUGAAAUAUCUCUGUUGCAUUUUAAACAAGCAAUGAUAGAAAAAAGAAAUGUGCAAUUUAAUUUAUAAUAUUUUUGCUAUUUAUAUCACUGUCCUCUUAUAUUUUUUUUUUUUUGAACCACCAGCAAAUAAACUAUUUGAAG